AUGAGCGAGGUUAUCAUACAGCUUUCAGAAGCUGAAGAGUUUGAGGGAGAAACAUUGAGGUAUCUUCGUGAUGUUUUGGACCACGUUGCGACUAUUGAAGAAGACUGUGAGCGACAUUUAGAUCGCUGUCGCAGUCUCAUGGAAGAUUUUCACAAUGCUCGAGCUGCCCAGCAGAACGACGUGAGUUACAUUCUGGCUCUGGUCGCCGCUAUCUUUUUGCCAGCUCAGUUUCUCACUGGACUCUAUGGCAUGAAUUUUACGAACAUGCCAGAGCUUGAGCAUCACGAUGGCUACUUCAUCUGGUGGGCGGUCGUUCUCUUGAUGCGCUUGCUACAAUUGCGUUUUUUAAAUUCUACAAGAAGUGGCUAUAACGUGGCAAAAUAA